ACAGCUCAGCUGUUCUAUAGCAAAGAGAAUUGCUACAAAGUUUUCAGCUGUUGACAGGCUUGACUUGCUGAGAACAUGGGUUAAAUAUAACUCAGGGGAGCAGAUUGCUACAUAGCCACUAGUGUCACAGUAUCUGAGGGCUGUAUCAGCACCGACAGAGGAAACACAGCAGUAAGACACUAAACAGGAGAGCAACAGACUUAUUUUCCAAACACUAACAGUUUCAACUCGGAGCCUAUGUGGACUUUUUAUGCUGUCCAGUCUAUCUAAACGAAGAAACAUACUCUCACCCUGUUCUCCAUUAUUUCCUGCAUGGUCUCAGCAGAUGUCGGGCAGAGAGUAUAAAAGAACUUAUCUUCAUCUGUUCUAUACUGUAGCACUGUUUGCUUGAUCUAUACUUACCCAAAGAUUGUGGAACAAUUUCCAAUCACUGAACCUGUGCUUGAUUAGAUCUGUUCUGUGUCUGAUAACACCAGAUUUUGAUCUGUCAUUGAUGUUCAAUAAGCUAAUGGACUGUAUGCGUAAAUUCACUGGAAAGGUUGGAAUGAGGUCACGGAGUAGUGGAGAAUCUCCAUCUCAUGGACGCGCAUCCAGGGAUAACAACCAUGAAGGUGAGGAAAGCACUUCUAUGUGCAGUAAAAAGAAGAAGAAAACUCACCGUCAAAAUGAUGGAGAAAAGGUAAUGGGUGUAUCAGGCCCCGUAAAGAAACAACAGAAACCAUUUGAAGAAAAUGAGCGACAAAAGAAGUUACUGGAGCUCUCCAAAGAUGACCUCCUGCGUCUGCUCAGUAUAAUGGAAGGAGAAAUUGAGGCUCGAGAGGACGUUAUUCACUUGCUGAAGUCGAACAAGAUUAAUCCGGAGUCUUUAGAGGCUUAUUAUGGUCUGGCUGUUCCUGAGACAAUUUUACGUACCUUGUACAGGGAUGCCAAUCAAGCCCAGGAAAAGAAGACAUGUGAAGAUGUUUAUGAGAAACCAAUGGCAGAGUUGGACUUGCUGGUCGAGAAGCACAGAGAGACAUAUCGACGUAUGUUGGAACAAUUACUUCUGGCUGAGAAGUGUCAUAGGCGUACUGUCUAUGAAUUGGAGAAUGAGAAACACAAGCACACAGACUACAUGAACAAGAGUGAUGACUUCACCAACCUUCUUGAACAAGAUCGAGAGAGGUUGAAGAAAUUGCUUGAACAAGAAAAGUCCUACCAGGCACGGAAGGAAAAAGAGAACAGCAAGCGAUUGAGCAAAGUGCGAGAGGAGUUGGGCAAGUUGAAAUCAUUUGCACUGAUGCUAGUGGAUGAACGACAGAUUCACAUUGAACAGCUUGGCCAGCAAGCGCAGAAAUUGCAGGAACUGGGCCAGAAACUCCAAGAGGAGGAAGAGAAAUUCCGAAGUCUUGAUGAGAGGGCUAAGGAGGAAAGUCAGAAGGUUAUCCGGCUUGAGGCAGAACUUGGACACAAGUCUGCCAAGUCUUUGCAGGAACAUGAUGAGAUGAUGGCCAAACUAACCACCCAAGAAUCUCAGAACCGCCAGUUACGACAAAAGCUAUCCAGUUUAAACCGCCGACUUGAAGAGCUGGAGGAAGCUAACAAGAGCCUACAGAUGGCCGAGGAGGAACUUCAGGAAUUGCGGGUUAAAAUUAGCCACGGACAGUGUGGAAAUUCCAGUUUGAUGGCUGAGGUGGAAAACCUGCGAAAGCGGGUACUGGAGAUGGAGGGAAAAGAUGAAGAGAUAACUAAGGCAGAAGAUCAGGGCAGAGAACUAAAAAAGAAAUUGGAAAAGGAAGAACUCCACAGUAAGGACUUGAAACUAGAAGUGGAAAAACUACAGAAGAGAAUGGUUGACCUAGAAAAGUUGGAAGGUGCCUUUAACAAAAGCAAAUCUGAGUGUUCACAGUUACAUGUUAGCUUAGAUAAAGAAAGGAAUCUGACCAAAGACUUAGCCAAUGAGUUGGAAUUAGUGAAAGCCCGAGUGAAAGAACUCGAAACAUCGGAGGCCAGACUGGGAAAAAGUGAAUUCCUCUUGAAAGAUGAUUUGACAAAGCUAAAGUCUUUUACUGUGAUGUUAGUAGACGAGAGGAGAAGUGUGGCAGAAAAGUUGCAUCAGGAAGAACAGAAAGUGAAUGACCUUAAUAGCAAGUUGAUGCAGGAACAAAAUAAAACAACAGAGGUAACAGAAAAACUGAUCGAAGAAAGCAAGAAGCUUCUCAAAUUGAAAUCCGAGAUGGAGGAGAAAGUGUCUACCCUGUUCAAUGAAAGAAAUGAUUUGAAGGUAAAGCUCCAUGAUGAAGAACAAAAAUCUAAUGAGCUAAGUUUUCGAGUUGGCCUGUUGAAGAAGCGGCUUGACCGUGUGGAAGAGGCUGAAACUGACACCCUCCAAAAUAAGACCAAGAAAGAGAUGGACAGACUUCUGGAAGACACUGGACUUGACAACAACAGAAUAAAAGAACUAACGCUGGAAAUCGAGCGGUUGAAAUCUCGAUUGAAGCAGUUGGAGGUGGUGGAAGGUGACCUGAUGAAGACUGAGGAUGAGUACGAUCAGCUUGAGCAGAAAUUCAAGACCGAGCAGGACAAAGCAAAUCUCUUGACCCAGCAGCUAGAAGAAAUGAAAAAGCAGAUGACCAGGGGCAAGCUUACAGAGAAAGGAGAAGCCCUGAGCCAGGAGGCCGAGGCCCGCAAUCGACUUCGACUUGAGGAGGCAGAGGUUCAAGCACUCAAGGAGAAGAUUCAUGAGCUGAUGAACAAGGAGGACCAGCUCUCCCAACUGCAGGCCGAUUACUCCAUCCUCCGGAAGAAGUUCCAACAAGAGGAAAGCAAAAAUAAGGACAUGAGCCAGGAGGUGGUCAGCUUGGCGAAGGAGCUGGAGUUUUCCAAACGCUACAGCCGGGCCAUGAGGCCGUGCCUCAAUGGCCGAAGGAUGGUCGAUGUCCCGGUCACAUCCACUGCCGUCCAGACCGAGAGUCCAUCCAACGGGCUAGGGGAAGAAGACAAUGCCGCGGUUUUUAUCCGAAAGUCCGUCCAAGAAGAGAACCACCUGAUGAGCAACCUGAGACAGAAGAAGCCCAUGGAGCGGCCCUCAGUGCUGGAGCGCUACCCGCCGGCCGCCAACGAGUUAAAUCUGAGGAGAUCCUGGAUACCCUGGAUGAAGAAGAAGGAGAAUGGCCUCGAGAGAGCCACCCAGGCGAGUGCAAGCCCCAGGGAGGUGAUCGUGGCGCAGAGGCAGGGCCAGCCACUGCACAUUCGGGUGACCCCUGACCACGGCAACAGCACAGCCACUCUGGAAAUCACCAGCCCAUCGGCCGAGGACUUUUUCUCCAGCACUACAGUCAUCCCCACCCUAGGCCAACAGAAGCCACGCAUCACCAUCCUGCCCGCCCCCACUGUCGCCUCGUCCAAAGGCAAAGCCUCAGACAGCUCCUUCUCCACGGAGAGAGCAGCGUCUCCCGUUACCAUCACCACAUUCUCCAGGGCCACCUCCCCUCCAGCGAGAGACAAGGCUACCUUUCUGGACACGUCCGCUUGUCCGGACAGAGCAGCCUCCCCCAUUCAGAUCAUGACAGUUUCCACCUCGGCAGCUCCCGAGUCUUCAGCCCCUCCAGAUCAAGGCCAGGAACCAGGCACAGGACGGGCAGUUUUCAAAGUGUCCCCGGAGAAACAGCUGGCGCCAUCACCGACUCGAAGAUACAGCCCAAACGCAAACAUCAUAACGACCGAGGACAACAAGAUUCACAUCCACCUGGGCAGUCAGUUUAAAAGGCCUGGCAGCAGCUACACUGAAGACACCAGCUCUCUGAUUACUGUUCGGCCUCUGUCUGUCGCUGGUGGCGGCGAGAACAAGGAGGUGACAAUGGGAACUGUUCUACGCUCCCCUCGUAACUGCACUGGUCCUAAAAACUCACCCAACAAAAUGACCAGCAGCAUCACUAUAACUCCAGCCAGUACCACAUCCACAAGAACUACCCAGUCAAUGGCAGCACAGGAGGGGUCAACACAACGACCCACACCGACACGCAUCCCCAUGUCAAAAGGUAUGAAAGCAGGAAAACCAGGAGUGCAAGCUGUUGGAGCAGGAGGUGUGGCAAAAUAUGAAUCUCGUACUGAGAGCCAGUUAAUGAGAAUUGAACUGAAGAAGUCUCCUGUCAGCAGUCCGAUCUCUCAGGCUGGGGGGAAGGGCUGAGGAUGGAGAUCAUGGGAAAGCAUAGUCACUCAUCCGGUACAGUGACAUCAGCAUGAUGGCCCUCUAACUGAUGGGAGCGUCCUGUUCCUGCCUGUGAUUUUAUUGCACUGCAAUACAGUUGGCUGAAAAAAACAUUGCCCUUGCUGCAGCCUCCAAGGCUCUGACUCUAGUCUUGUAUGCUACUGACCACUUUAAGAGAGUCACUGAAAUCAUAACCAGCAUAUUUUUGAAGAAAUUGAAAAUUCCACUUGAUGUGUAGAGAAUUAGCCCAUCAUUUUCCCCUGGUCAUAAGAAAAGAGGAACAGAGGCACAAUGUCAAGAUUUGUUGCAAUUUGUUUCAUUAAAAGAAAGUGUAUGUUUUUAAAAUGUCUUCUUAAUUUGUACAUGGCCAAUGCUAUCAUGGGUUUGUGUCAUCACAACACAUUGAUCAAUCCUUGUCCCUUUACAUGGGACAGAAUGACACCACUCUGAAACUCAUACAUGAAGAAUAAAUGGAACAUUUAUUAAUCUGAUCUAACCUUGUUAAGAAAUUAAAGAAACUAAUUUUCAUAUGUUGAUUGACUUUUAAUUUACCUUUUAGUUCUGUUUGGCAUUUGAUGUGAAUCAUUUUGAAUCUGCAGCAACACUUCAAUCUGUACCUAAAUAAAGGAAAGUAAACUUUUUUUAACACUCCAUAAGUUUUCAAGUUUUUUUGCAUUUGGAAUUUUAAAACAGGGUUUUUCAUUUUCAUGGACUUCUAUUUUGAAACAAAAUAGCAGUGAUGAUUCUAGACUUGAAGCUGUGGUCAGAUUAGCUAUUUGGCACCGACCUGUCUGGUUUUGUUCCUCUAGUGGAGUUAUAUUACAAAAUAACAUACCAGUGUUUUGAGAUGUAAUUUUAAAAUUGGCUAAUGCAUAAUGGCUAAUAUGCAUCUUACGUUCUUGUAGCCAUGGUGCUGCAUUAUACUGAUGAAUUGUUAAUGAAUAUGUUGGACAUCUUAUACUCUGGUUUUAAAAAUCUACAGUACACUUUGUUUGAUUGCAAGUGCAAUUCUAAGUUUUUAAUAAUUAAAGACUAUAUAUUUAAUUCAGCA